AGUCUGGGAAUUCCCGUUUAGUCAUGAGACGUCAAGUGGUAUUUGUACAUUAAGGCUGCAUAGUUAGAGACUUACGUGCACCAUAUAUGUGAACAAUAGGUCAUUACAUUUGCUGUUUCGAAGAUUGCGAAAAGAUGACAUCCAGUAAGAAAGUAAAGGUAGCUGUUUACAGUGGCAGCAACGAGGAAAAUGUAGCAGGUCUUAUCAAGGAAAUAAUGGGGAGGAUGUCGGAUUGUGUUGCAGAAGUCAAAUUCGUUCCACUUCCGUACAACGUGAGUGACAUGUUAAAGAUGAAGCUGGACAAGAAAUACUACAUGUUGCUCUGUCAUUCCAUAGAGAACAGACGAUUUUCAAUCACAAAUGUCACAGAUGCUCUUUAUGAUGACUUCUUACGGAAAGCCAAGAAGAAACUGGGCCGCCGUAAUGUGGGUGUGAUCGCUCAUGACUUUGAAUCUGCUGAACUCUCGCCUGAAAGACUGGAGAGCAGGAUGGAAUCUUUCCGAAACACUCAAGAGAGAACAUUCAGAAAAUCCAUUCUGCAACUCAUCGGUGGAAAACUCUCGGAGUCACCUGUAGAACUGAACAGUGAUCAAUGGGAGGAGCUUGGCAACUAUUUUAGAAACAAACUGAAAAAGCCUAAACCCAAACCGAGACCUGCCGAACCUAAAAUGCAGAUGGCUUUACCUUGUCUCUGUGCUCGUGGUACACGGACAGAGCAAUGAAUUUUGGAAAUUUUUGCAUAAAAACAUUUCGUUUGGCGUAAUCUAAUAUAAUAACUAUAUAGAGAUGAACUUAUGAAUAUAUAUGGAAGUAUUAUUCCAGACUUUUGGUAUUAAGGAUAUCCAUUUUUAUAAUCCUGUAAUAAUACAAACACAUUUUUGAAAUAAUCUAUUGGUACCAACUUUGUUGAAUAAUGUUAUUUUUAUAGUGCUGAUGCUUUGUCCAUUACUUUAUCGUAUGGGAGUUUUCUUUAACCAAACAGGGUGGUUAUUUUCAACCAAUAUAAUCGAAUGAGCUCUACUAACCGGUUCUAGGACACCUACCUCCUGGACACCCCCCCCCCCCCGGGAUAACCACCCCUAGGAUAACCACCCUCUAGUAGGACAACUACCCAUAGGGCAUCCACCCUUUAGGACGACUACCCCUGGGACAAUCAUCCGCUAGGACAACUCCCCCGGGACAACUAUCCUAGGGGGUAGUUGUC